AUGGGGCACCUUCGGAUCAUGCUGGCCGUUCUGGCUAGCAUUAUGUCCGUUUUAUUGUUCGUACAAACAGCUACUGCUACGCCCACUCCAAGACAAUUCGAGAAAUGCAAUCGAGCUGUACAAGAUGUGUGCCGAAAGGAAGACAGGACGUAUAGCACACAAGUACCCAAAACUGGAAGUUACAUGCCUUGGGCUCUGAUUCCCCUGCGGGAAGUUGGCUUUCCAGCAAAACAAUACAUCACCAUCGUCAAUCUUACUCCUCAUCGAUUCGUCCUUGAUCGAAGCCGCACGCAUUCGUAUCAGAUGGACACUUUCGACUGGGACGAUAUUCCCCAAGGGCGAUCCCGCCAAAAUACUGCCGAGUAUACCAAAAACCUUAGCAAGAACCCGGUAGAUGAUGGUGGCGAAGCGUACUACACCAUUCAGGGAACAAAUAAGAGAUUUGAGAUCAGAGCCAGAACUCACAUCCCCGACUCUUAUCCUCGCCGGACCAUCAUUGAUUUGACCGGCAUGGGGCUGGGUCAGCGUGAAUAUCUGGACCCCGGUAAAGAAACCGCAGUCACCUUGGUUAUUACCGGAAGCGAUUCAUACGGAUUCACAGCAUCCCUGCGACAUGGCCGAGGAAACUGGAUGAAUGGGAUGUACAACGUCAUCAAGGACCGAAAGAUGCAGCACAUCGUUAUGCCUGCCACACAUGAUUCAGGCAUGAGCCGAAUCAGUAGCAAAAUUGGUUCCAUCGGCACUGAGGAGAACACUCAAACCCAAGGCCUGAACAUCUACGACCAACUCCGUGCUGGCGCCAGACUGUUCGACCUUCGAGUUGGUAGUAUUCACCAGAUUGGAAACCAAAACUCCUAUAGCUUCUGGACAAUGCAUGUCAACGAUGAGCUAGCCAAGCUAGUCAUUGGCAAUACCGGCGAGUCUCUGGAUGAUGUGGUCAGGGAGAUCAAUCAGUUUACAGCAGAAAACCCUGGUGAAGUUAUCUUUUUCCGCGUUCGAUACCUCAACGGCAUUCUUGACAUUCCUACCGCCGGCCCAAUUUAUUGGAGCAACGCCAUCGUCCAAGACUUCUUCAACAAGUUGAAGGGGGUAAACAACCGCUGUGGCAAUCUCGAUCUCAACACCAAGUUUAACAAGCAGCCGGCGUCGUACUUUAUGGACCGUAACGGCGGCAAAGGCUGUGUCCUCUUUCUUUUGAAUGGCAACUUGAAGCCGGAUGUGCCUCAGGACUCCGUCUCAGACGGCAUUUACAGAAACUCCAUGAUGGAUGUCUGGGACAACUGGUCCGAUUUACCGGACACGGAGAAAAUGGCAAAUGACCAAGCCGCAGAUUGGAAGACUGUCAGUAGAAGCGGCAACUUCCAGAACGACCAGUUCCUAAUCGGCCAGUGGAUCGUCAGCGCAGAUCCCGUUACCACAACCCUCUUGAGUAUCCAGAACAUUGGUAUUCUUCCCACAAAUCCUGCCCUCUACUGGAUGGGUCUCAACAACAUGAGUCCAGAAUCUUGGCCGACAGCCAUUCUUGUGGACUACAUUGGCAUAGUGGUUGCCGACCAGUGGAAAUGGGACCAGCUCAGCGCAGAGAUGUACACGUUUGCCAUUGGCAUGAACUUGUACAUGAUUAGCGAGAACUGCGACAUCAACAGGAGACGGUCACCUCUCCUUCCCGGCGCUAAUAUUAAUCUGAAGGAAGUAACUGCGCAGGCAAUGGCUUCGACAUGGAAUGGCAUCAUUUACGCCAAUGGCACUGUUGAUGAUAAUCCUCCGCCGACACUGCAUCCUGGUCGUGUUGAUGUGUUGAGAAAGGGAACCACGUUUCUCAACGGAACGGUUGUACAAAAGGAUGUGAAGAACCCUGGGUUUGGGAUCGAGGUCUUUUGA